AUGUCUGCUGCAGAGCAGCAAGGCCUCUCAACAGGGGCCCCUACAGCUGCUCCUCCCACCUCAGGGGCCCCUCUGGGGGCCCCUCACGAGGCCCCUGGGGGCCCCCCUGGGGCCCCCCCUGGGGGGCCCCCUGGGGGCCCUCCUGGUUCCCCCGCUGGCUCCCCCCCUGGUUCCCCCCCUGGGGGGCCUCCUGGGGUCCCCCCUGGGGGCCCCCCGCCGCCUGGGGCCCCCCUGGGCGGGGGGCCCCCAGGGGCCCCCAGAGGGGGCCCCUGGACUGCGCGGAGCCAGCCUUCUGUGUGGAACCACAGCAAGCUGCGACAGCAGCAACACAGAAUUCACCAGCAGCAGCAGCAGCAGCAGCAGCAGCAGCAACAGCAGCAGCAGCAGCAGCAGCAGCAGCAGAAGCAGCAGCGAGACGCAGCAAUGCUCCAGCACAGCCUGCAGCCUCCCAAACUCUCAAGACUUCCUUCCUUCUUCUCAUACUCAGCAGCAGCAGCAGCAACAGCAACAGCAAAGACACCCGCAGCAGCAGCAGCACCAACAGCAGCAGCAGCACCAACAGCAGCAGCGGCAGCAACGACAGCAAUUGCAGCAGCACCAAUGAAACAGCAGAAGCAGCAAUGGCAGCAGCUGCAGCAGCAGCAGCAGCAAGAGGAGCAGCAAUAG